AUGGAAGUGAAAAUAACCGAUGAUAUCAAAAUUGGAGCGAACAAUCCUUGCUUCAUAAUUGCCGAAGUCGGGCAGAACCAUCAAGGUGACAUUGAAAUAGCGAAAAAACUAAUAAAAGCAGCCAAGGAAGCUGGAGCUAGCUGUGUGAAAUUCCAAAAGACAUGUCUCAAAGAGAAAUUCACAAAAAAAUACUUAGAGCGCCCGUACGAAACCUCCAACUCUUGGGGCAAAACCUACGGUGACCACAAACGUCACUUAGAAUUUUCAGAAAGCCAGUAUAGAGAAUUGUUUAAAUACGCUCAAGAAGUUGGAAUACCGUUUACGGCUUCGGCCAUGGAUAUGGUGUCAUUUGACUUUCUGGUGAAUUUAAAAGUUCCCUUUAUAAAAAUUGGUUCCGGGGACUCGAACAACCUGCUCUUCUUGAAAUAUGCCGCCUCGAAGAUGGUGCCCCUCAUAAUAUCCACUGGGAUGGUGGACAAGACGGCCGUUAAGACCAUUUACGACAUCAUUUCUGCGCACCAUAAAAGCUUCUGCCUGUUGCACUGCAUUUCGGCUUACCCUGUUCCCUUCGAAGAUUGCAACCUGACCGUUUUGCAAGACUAUAAGAACACGUUUGAUGUUCCCGUUGGCUAUUCCGGUCAAGAGGUCGGCACCGCCGUCGGUUUAGCGGCAGUGGCGUUAGGAGCAAAGGUAUUAGAGAAACAUAUAACCCUAGACAAAAGCAUGAAGGGAACCGAUCACGUAUGUUCCUUGACCCCCAAUGAGUUCAAACAAUUGGUCAGAGACGUGCGCGUCAUCGAAGCCUCGCUGGGAACGCCCAUCAAGAAAGUCGUAACAUCAGAGAUACCUUGCAUCGACAAACUUCAGAAGUCCCUUGUUAUGGGCUGCACCAAGAACAAAGGGGAAAUAUUAUACCCGGGUGACGUGAAGAUUAAAGUGGCCGAACCGAAGGGGCUAAACGCUCUUCACUUCGACGAUGUAAUUUACAAGACUCUAGUUUACGAUAAGAAAGAAGACGAACCGCUGAAUGAAGGCGAUUUCUGUUAA